ACACCGAAUGUGUUCCCUAUUGCCAGAGAAAAAAAUGGCGAGCUUGUCAACAAGCUUGUAUUUUGUUCUCGUGUUGUUGAAAUCGAUUUCAGCUAUACCCGAACAAGGUAUUUGGGAUUCCUAUAUUAAUAAGAAAACCUCAUCAUUAUUCUAUGCAACAAAAAGUAUUUUUAAAGAUGACAAGUUAUCAUUGACAAUUUUUUGUAAAAGUAGUUCUUACAAAUCCUUCAAACUUACAUGGAUGAUUCGUCGAUCUUCGUGUGCAAAUGAAUAUGUCAAUAUAAAUAUGUAUACUGCGAAGUUCUAUUUACAAAUGCCAUGGCAAAAGCUAUUGCCCACCCAAAAGACAGAAUAUGCAACUGGCUCAUUUACUCACUAUUGUGACACAGACACGAAAUUUAUUUUACAUGCAAAAUAUCUGCUUAAGACGUGGGCUGAUGGGUAUUACUUGUUUGUCUUGAAUCUUGAUCAUGCUGAUGAUCUUCCUGAAGAUUUUCUUCUUAAAGUUAAUGUUAUGAUCAGCAACGGUUAUAGUUACAUCUCAGCAGUGGAUUACCCACUUCUAAUUUUCUAUCGUGUUAUGGCCCUUGUGUACCUUGGUUUUGGCAUUGUGUGGCUUAUUUUACUAGCUUGUAACUGGCCAGAUUUACAUAGGAUACACUUCUGGAUUGGAGGAAUUAUUCUCAUAGGUAUGCUUGAGAAGGCUGUUUUCUUUGGUGAAUAUGAGAACAUCAACAAUACAGGCCAGUCUGUGAGGGGAGCCAUUAUCUUUGCUGAGUUGGUUUCUUGCUUAAAGCGGUCACUUGCCAGAAUGCUGGUCAUAAUUGUCAGUCUUGGCUAUGGCAUUGUCAAGCCAAGACUAGGACAGACAUUUUAUAAAGUUUUUCUUGUCGGAGUUGUGUUUUUCAUCCUCGCUUCUAUUGAAGGGUGUAUGCGGAUACUCAAUGAGAAAGCAACCCAAUCAACACAAGGAUAUUUGCUUGGUUUUUCAUUGCUAACGAUUGACAUCAUUAUUUUCUAUUGGAUAAUUAAAUCCCUAAGACAGUCCCUACGGACGUUGAGAAAUAAAAAAGCUACAGAAGUUCAACUUUUAAUGUACAGACAUUUCAGGAAUAUUCUGAUAUUUUUUACAAUAGUUUCCCAAGCAUACAUGAUAUGGUUUUUGGUUCAUCACCAAUUUCAACAAUGCUUUUCUGAUUUGAAACAACAGUGGAUAUAUGAUGCACUGUGGCAAAUAUUGUUUUCUAUGAUUCUUAUUGUUAUUAUGAUGCUGUGGCGUCCCACUUCACAUAACUUGAGGCAUGCCUUCUCACAUUUGCUGAACUAUACUAAAAACUAUGGCAUGAUUCAAGGAGCACCAAUGAGAUCGUAUCUAGCUUAUACCCAGUCAAUGGACAAUAGAACACCUACCAGAGCCCAUGGGUACCACAGAACAAAACUGGGCGUCAAUACGUCAAUGGUCUGAGCGUGUUUAUGCAUCUACUUCUCAUAAUUUUUCUGCAUGUAUUUACACAUUUUAAAGCUAUUCCAUUUCGGCAUAAGCUGCCGCCUCUCUUUCUAAUGUACAGGCAAAUGAGUUCUAAAGGGACCAAAAAGAUUUAUUUAUUUAAUACACUAGGAGUUCAUUACCUUUUAAAGUAAAAAUAUUUUAAAUAAAAAAUAGUUACCGAUUUAAUUUAUUCUAUUGCAAGUAUAUCCAUUCUAAGUAAACCAAAUGCCAUAUUUAAGGACCAAACUGAUUUAGGGCAUUAACUAAUUCUAUUUCGAAACUAUCGGUAAUUCUUUUGAUGGCCGACAAAAAUGUGGCAAGCCGAACAGUUGUAUUUAACUUUCACUAUCUUGUUUUCGUUAUGGUUUACUUUAAGUCUGUAAUAUUAUUAUUUUAUUUCAUUACAGUGGAUUACUACAUUUUAAAAGUUAUU